AUGGACAAGGUAGAGUACGACGUCACCAAGGCUCGGCAGAAGACCAAGGUGGGCUCCUUCAGAAUAAAUCCUGACGGGACGCAGGAGAGGAGAAAGAUUCCCUUAGCCCAGUCGGAGGCGUUCCUCACAGACCUCUUGGAUAAAGUGUGUGAGCGGAUGAAUGACUACAAGCUCGAAGAAGCCCCCGUGACCAAGGAGGAGACUUUCAAGAGAUUUGCUCCAAGGAAAGGAGGCAAAAUAUACAAAGAAUUUUAAAAAUUCUAUUUUUAUUCUGAUGCUUACAGACAUUUGAAAUUCGCGUGUGAAACUAUAAUGGAAGUGUACGAAGAUGAAAUAUUCUCACUUAUCGCCCAGGAGGCACACUACCUCGCUGACAAGCUGUGCAGUGAAAAAUCAGGUCUGUGUGAAACUUCUACUAAUCACACUGAACUCUAG